AGGGGUCAAUGUAACAUUUUUCAAACUUUGAUCGUUUUCUUUUACUCUGGAGAGAAUCUCCGGUUUUCUGGAAACCCGAAAUAUUCUGGAUUGUUAGAUACGGUCGCUACUACGUUCUCUUGACGCAAAAGAUUUUCCGAUCGGCAACCGGAGACGGCAGUGAAUUUCAAUUGCCGUCGUUUAGGUGGUUCAAUGGAUCAUUCCUAUCAAGUUAAUCACAGUUGUUCCCUAAAUCCUCCCAAAGACGGCCUCCCUAGCACCCAGUCUUCUAAUGAUGCACUUAGGCAGAUGGGAUCUGAAGGGAAAAUGGGAGCAGUUCAUGAAGAAAUGAAGAGAGUGAGUAGACUUCCACCAAGCAGUGCAUAUGCAACUCAUCGGAUGCGUGUCCUAAACAAAAUUCUGCAACUUCUGUCGAUUCAGAGAACCACUUCACAGGAUGAGGAGUUGGAAUUGUUGUUUUCUGGGCUCUCUCUUGGAUGAUAAGAAGCAAAAGUCAUAUUUUCAGCAGUUGGUUUAUCAGAUUAUGCAGUGGAUCAUUUAUGUUGCUUGCUUCGUCUUGGUCUUCAGCUGCAUCUUUGCAAACCUUUUCUUUUUUAUGUAGAGAUGAUGUUCUGAUUGUUAAAUAAGUUAUACUUGUUAUAUAAUAGAUCUAUAAUUACUCUUGUUAUCUCAAUUAUCUAGUGGAUAAUCUGGCAAGUCAAAGUUAGUUGAUUUCACCUUGAACUCUUAUCCGGAACCUUGGGUUCCAGGUGUAUUAAUGCUCAAAGUACCAUAGCACAAACACUACUCUAAUCCAACAGUGGCUCUGGCUCUGGCUCUUCACUCGUAGAACUCAUUUGAUGACUUUUUAGCUAAAAGAUCGUUCAAUUUACAGAUU